UAUCCGCCGGAAAAAAAAAGUCUUUUACCAAAUUGUCCAGAACAGAGGAAAGGAGUCAUUAGAAGAUCUGUAGAUCAAAAGACCCUGGAACUCCAAAGUCAACUGAUUCCUGGAUUGAAGCUGUCUGAAUAGCAUCAGAUUAUCCAUGCAUCAAAGUCUCUGUUCUCCUCCAAUGGCGUAAAACCUCAGAUGCCCUAGUUCAUCCAGGUUCGAAAGAUGUCGGAAAAGAGCAUGCUUUCCUCAAAACUCCUCUUUUACACGAUAACAGUAUCGACGCUGCUAUUCAUCGUCUCUUCUCUCUUCUUCCUCCAACGCAGCGACUCUUCUUUCACUUCAAGCUUAGUCCGCAAGCUGAUUCUCCCAAGAACAGACAUCAAGAACGAGAAAACCGAUGCUAAACCGGUCUCGUGUGGUGUGUUAAAGGUGUUUAUGUACGAUCUCCCCUCUGAGUUUCACUUUGGGCUAUUGAACUGGCACAAGAAAGGAUCUGAGACUUGGCCUAGCGUCAAGAACGUUAGCACAGUCCCGUCUUAUCCUGGCGGGUUGAAUCGUCAGCACAGUGUGGAGUAUUGGCUUACGCUUGACUUGUUAGCUUCAGAGACACCUGAGGUUAAGAGACCAUGUAGUGCAAUGAGAGUGAAGAGUUCGAAAGAAGCUGACAUUGUCUUCGUUCCCUUCUUCUCCUCGUUGAGUUACAAUAGGAAGUCUAAGCUCAGUGGAAACGAGACCACUAGUGUUGAUAGAUUGCUGCAGGAGAGAUUAGUUGAGUUCUUGAAAAGUCGUGACGAGUGGAAAAGAUUUGGUGGGAAAGAUCAUUUGAUAGUAGCUCACCAUCCUAAUAGUUUGCUCUAUGCAAGAAACUCGCUUGGCUCUGCAAUGUUUGUUCUCUCGGACUUUGGAAGGUAUCCAUCCUCCAUUGCUAAUCUUGAGAAAGAUGUCAUUGCGCCUUACGUGCACGUUGUUAAGACUGUCUCUAACAAUGAGUCAGCUCCGUUUGAGAAGCGUCCUGUGUUGGCUCACUUCCAAGGAGCAAUCUACAGAAAAGAUGGUGGAACUAUUCGCCAAGAACUGUAUAACCUUCUUAAAGACGAGAAAGACAUUCACUUUGCAUUUGGAACCGUAAGAGGGAACGGGACUAAACAAACCGGUAAAGGCAUGGCUUCCUCAAAGUUCUGUCUCAAUAUUGCAGGUGACACGCCUUCCUCUAACCGUCUUUUCGACUCUAUCGUUAGCCAUUGUGUUCCGGUUAUCAUCAGUGAUCAGAUUGAGCUUCCAUUUGAAGACACUCUAGACUAUUCUGGUUUCUCUGUGUUUGUGCACUCUUCUGAAGCUGUGAAGAAAGGGUUUUUGGUGAGUCUCCUCAGAGGGGUAACUGAGGAUCAGUGGAAGAAGAAGUGGGAGAGACUCAAAGAGGUUGUUAGGUACUUCGAGUAUCGGUUUCCUUCUCAGUCUGGAGACUCAGUGGAUAUGAUUUGGUCUGCGGUUUCGCAUAAGCUUGCUUCACUUCAGUUUCAUGUCCAUAGAAAGAAUAGGUACCGUAGAUCUGAAGUUUUUGAUAGAAGUUUAUCAACGUAAGAUCAUAUAUGUGAAUGAUGCUGUUUGAAGAAGACCCAUUCUCUGUUCUUGCCU